AUGCAUCCGGGCUUCAAGACCGCCCUCCCGGGGGCUUUCUCUUCGGCCACACUCCCGACGCGCGGGGUGUCCAGCCCAGCCCUCGGGGCGAGUGGCGUCGCGUCGCCGGUUCCGAAGGAUGACCUGUCGCUGGGGCUCAGCCCGUCGGUGGGGCCGCAAUCGGCGGCGGGCGAUGCGUGCGCGGCAGCCGGCUCGGUGUCGCCGCUUCCCGGCGUCGGGGGGUUCCUCAGUCGCGAGGGGGCCGGGCUGCUGUCCCGGCGGAUAUCCCUCUCCCGCACCCGGGAGAAGACCCGGGGUCGGGCGCCGCCACCGCCGCCGCUGACCAUCACCCCUUUGCCCCCGGGGCCGGGGGCCGUGCAAGCGCCCCCGGCGCCGAGCCCGCCUUUGCCCGGGUGUGAGUGGCAUGGUGCUGCUGCUGCUGCUACGACGGCGGCGGUCGAGCCGCGCCCUCUCUUCGACUCCCUCUGCGGGGCGCUCUACCAGCUGGUGCUGCCGGUGUUUGCCGGGGCCGACAUCACCCCCUCGCUGGGGGCCAUUUCGGCGGUAGUCAGUGACAUCCAGGCGUCUGCCCCAUCCUCGGAGGUGAUCCAGCGCGAGGUCGAAGACCUGGCCAGUCGCGGGUGCUAUCAGAUGUUGGAGAACAUCAUGCACGCGGGCCGGGCCCUGCCGCUGCACUCGCUCUGCCUGUGCGAGGACCCGGGGGGGAUUCGGUCGCCCCCGUCGCCGGCGCUGUCCAUCUGUGAGCCCCCCUCGCUGGUGCCCAUCUACCAAGGCAUGACCGAGCACCUGGCUCAGCGCGCCAGUGAGAAGGACCCCCGAUCGGCCGGGCCCCGCCCGCUGCAGGUGCCCCUGCCUUCCAGCAUCGACAGCAUGCCCUCGCUGAGCCCCUGGGCCCAGGAGGGCUGUCGGGCCGACUCGCCAGGGACUCUGCCCGCCCUGGCGGCCCUUCUGCAUGAACGGGACCUGGCUCGCCUGAGUGAGGCCCUUGCCCAGCGGUACCCGAGCGAGCCGCUCGACCUGGAGGGCCCGCCCACCGGGCCGGUGAUCGACAGCGACGAUGAGGACUUCCCAAGCAAGUGCCCCUUGCCGGGUGUCGCCACAACCGAGGCGGAUCUGCUGUGGUCGGCGGCGGCGGCGGCCGGGGCGCGCCGGUCCCGCGCGCCCGAGUGGACCGACGCCCGGAUGCCGGUGGCCGCCGCCGCCGCCACCGCGGCUCCUGCUCCGCGCCUGCCGCCUCAGCAGCCGCCAAGCCCCUGGAGCACGUCCAUGCCUCCGGAGUCCCUGCCGCCCCUGCUGGCGGUGCAGUCCUUCCUGCAGGGGGCACGCGACGACCUGGCAGCCGCGGCGGCCACGACCACCGCCCUGGGGGGCAGACACACGCCGAUGCAUGCGCCCUCGCCGGGCUUCGCCAGUCCCAGCGAGCCGAGCCCCCGCCAAAUGCCCUUCCGAAUGGCGCAUCUCGACUUGGCCCCAUCGCCGGGCGGAGCCUCGAGCCCCGGGCCGCCGCUGUUGCUGCCACUGUGCCUGCCUGCACGCACCGGGGGGCAUGUCCCGGCACCGGAGCCGCCCGCCGCGCACGAUGGCAGCCGGCCAUUGGCCACGGCCCGGGCCGAGGCCGGGCCGUCUACAGGCCCGGCCCCGAGGGACUUGGAGCCGGUCAUCUUCCGACAUGGCUUUGUCCCCGGGCGCCGGCAGAUGUUGGUGUCCUUGGAGACGGCCCUCGGCGAUGAGAAGCUCUCCCUGCUGGAUCGCAUGCGACUGGGUGGCCCGGCUGCCGGGCCAUCGGCCACCGGGGCCCCGGAUCCCGGCCAUGGGCGUUCGCAAUCGACCCCGGCAGGCCGGGCAGCCCGGCGGACCUCGCUCGGCAUGGACCAGCAGCCAGCCUGGGGCUCGCGCACGCCGACCCUGAGCAUGCUGCGUGCGGGGUCGGUCACGCACCCGGCUCGCACCAUGGGCGUCACCGGCCACGGGCAGGACCGGCGCUCGGCCGGGGCCUGGCACACGCCCAUCGUCACGCUGGGGUGCUUGGACCCGCCGGGAGCCGGGGCCCUGGCUCCGGCCGUAUGCCCCAGCCUCCUUGGGCGCCUGGCGUCUCCCUGCCCGGACCCGGGCCAGCUGCUGCUCACCUUUGCCGAUAUCCUGGACCACCUGAUCGAGAGCAUUGCCCCGACCCUGGAAGUGGCCCUGCAGCCGCUGCUGGCUGGGGCGGGCCCGAAAAGGGUCCAUGCCGGCGGGCCGAUGCGCGGCCGGCCAUCGACCAGCCCGCGCGCGGCCCUCAUUGCGGCCUUCCGCCGGCACUUUCUCCUCCCCCUGUCGCCCUUCCUGGUGGAGGCGGCAGUGGCGGUGUUUGGCCAGGGAAGGCCCCGGGCGGCGGUGGCCACGUCCGGCGCCGGCGCCGGCGCCCGGGCCGGCGAUGCCGCGCCACCGCCACCACCACCACCACUAGGCCCCGGGCACCGGAUGCCGGGACAUGGAUCCCCGGCGGCUGGCGGGCAGCCGGCCGGCGGCCUGGCCGGGGUGAUGCGCCGCCGGCGGCUGGACCCGGCCGGCGUGCGCGGGGCCCUGGCGCGCUCGGCCGGCGCUGGAUCCGGCCAAGCAGCCGCCUUUGCUGUGGCCCUGCGAAUUCGGCGAGGGCUGUCGCGCUUGCGCGUGCUCGGCCAUGAGCAGCCUCUGCUGGAGAUCGGGGCUCUGGGAUAUGUCCUGACGGGCGGCUGGCGCCGGAGUGCCGACCGUGUGGAGUGCCUGCUUUCGGCCCUGGCGGACAAUUACUACUCCUCCUCGACAAUGGUCCGGUGA